AUGUAUUCGGUAGGUUCCAGCCGAGUCUUCGACCCCUACGUGCAGGUGAUCCAGAACGCCAACAUCACGCAGUACAUCUGGACCAAGUCCUUACUGCAGCCCCUGUGGGACUACCUGCGCUCCCAGCACCAGGAUGCCCUCCGCUCGCCUCUCUUCCCCGUGGUCAUCUCAAUCUCCACCUAUUUCGCCGUGUGUACCUUCUACAUGAUCCUCGACCUGCUGGCUCCCAGGUGCCCGCUCAUCAGGAGGUACAAGAUCCACCCCGAACAGCAUGUCACUUGGGAAGACAUCUUCAAGACCCUGUGGCACACUGGCUACAACCACCUGAUCUAUGUCUUCCCAGCCGCCGUGGGUCAGUGGUACUGGCGGCCGCCGAUCCCUCUACAGGAGGAGGCACCGCUGGUCUCCGAGUUUCUCAUUGGCAUCCUGGGCUGUACAAUCCUCUUCGACUUCCAGUACUACUUCUGGCAUAUGAUGCACCACAAAGUCCGCUGGCUCUACACCACCUUCCACGCCAUCCACCACGAAUACUAUGCCCCCUUCUCCUGGUCCACUCAGUACCUCUCCGCCUGGGAGUUGGUGAGCGUUGGCUUCUGGACGACCAUCGACCCGAUUAUCUUGCAGUGCCACUGCCUCACCGGGUUCGCCUUCAUGGUCUUCAACAUCUGGAUCUCCGUCGAUGAUCACAGCGGCUACGACUUCCCCUGGGCCCUUCACAAUCUCGUCCCGUUCGGCCUGUGGGGUGGCACGGUCAAACAUGAUGUUCACCACCAGAAGCCCCACAGCCACUUCGCGCCUUUCUUCUCUCACUGGGACUGGCUCUGUGGUACUCACUGUGAGUGCAAACGCUCGCCCGCUGUCCUGGAGAUGCAAACAAAGAGACGCAAAGCGAGCGAAGACCAAAACUGACAGCCCCAACGA